GACUUGGGCGGGGCCUCGUAUCACAAGAAUGGAGGCUAUCGGCGGGUAAACGUUUCUUCACACGCUUUGAAAUGUUAUUUCCCACGGUGACUUUUAAUUUUAAUUAAUUUCCAAGCCACGGAGGGUGAGGAAAGACAGCGAAAACACAUGCACCGAUGCGAGUGAGGGGGGACGAUUACGCGAGGGACCGUCCAACGAGAGUAAAUGAGAGCACAGGUGUGCUCUCAUGCUGGCUUUGCGGAUGAGAAACGCAGGCUUCGUUCACUGAACACCGCAGUAAAGUUUCUCACCCGCCACAUCCCCUUUUCAUGAUACACCGGCGACCGACAUAAGACAACACACAGUAGCAGCAUGGCUGAGCUCCACGAAGACCCGGGAGAUGAGUACGUGGAGCAUCAGUACAUGUGCAGCGAGUGCCACCAGCUGUUCAGCACCCUCGAGGACGUGCUGAUCCACCAACAGAUCCACACUGGAGGAGAGGGGGAAGGGGACUUGGCGGAGGCCAUGGCCAUUCAGGGGAUCUCAGACAUGGGGCAGGGCCAGCAGUACCAGUGUCUGGAGUGUGGGGCCAUACUCGUGAACCCAGAGGAGCUGCUGCAGCAUCAGGAAAUGCACAUGAGGGAGGCUGGGAUGGAGGUGGAACAAGAUCUAUGUGAGGUCCUGGAAACGGAGGAAGCCGGGUCAGAGGAUCAGGUGUCGGGACCAGUUCAAUACCAGUGUCUUGACUGCCUGGCUCUGUUCGACUCAUCGGAGACCUGGUUGGAGCACCGGCGGACCCACAGCCGGAGCAGCACCCACAGUAACACAGAAACCACAGAGUAUGUGCUACAGGCUGACGGCACCUUUGCUCCACUGAGCAACGUGCAGAACUAUGUGCUAAGUGAGCAGCAGGCUGGAGAGAUUUUGGCACAGGUGCUUGCCCAGCAGCAGCAGCAGCAGCAACUGAAAAGACGUCAGCCUGCGUCCAAACAUGCUGCACCUUCCCGCUCCUCCCUCUUGCCUCCCGUGACGCCAACACCCGGCUCUGCAACCAUGCACCUGCAGAUUCUUACAGCUCAAGCCCUGGCAGACAACUCCACCAGUCCUGGUCAACGCCGCUCCAAGCUGCCUCCCUUGUUGCCUGCAGUGCCCGCAGGUGCAAAGCUUGGGUUCGUGGAGAAUGGAGUGCAGAGACUGGAGUUAAGAUUGGCCCCCAGUGUCCAGGAUGAGGGACAGCAGCAGGCAACAGAGGUGGUGGUCAUCCACCCCUAUGAGUGCUCCGAGUGCUCCCUGCUUUUCCAAACUCCCGAGGAUUUCCUCCAGCACCAGGGAGUGCACUUCCUCGGUCAGGACAAAGAGAGCAGUGAGUCUGGCGUCAUGAGCGGGAUCGAUGAGAUGCGAGGGAGAGAAGACGCCGUAGACAAGGUGGAGGACAUCCGGAUGAGAGUAGCGGAGAAGAAAGCGGCCGUUUGGGCCAAACCACAGCAGUGUGAGCUCUGCAACCGCACCUUCACCACCGUCAACCGGCUGGCGGCUCACAGGCGCGUGCACGAACAGGGCACGCACGAGUGCCCUGACUGUGGCAAGGUGUUCAAGAAGGCAACGUCGCUGCAGACGCACAUGCGCACUCACUCGGGCGUGGCCCGGUACCUGUGUGUGGACUGUGGCAAUGGCUUCACCACGGAGAUGACGCUCAUCAUGCACAGAAAGUCACACACCGCAGACCCGUUUCACAAGUGUCAGUUCUGCAACAAAACCUUCACCAACAUGACCAAGUACCUCUACCACCGUCGGACCCACCUCAACCGCGAUUCACCUGCCACAGCCACCCACGUCUCCAUGUUCUCAGCUCCACGAAGAGCUUCUCCUUCUGCUCUCGCUAUCGUGCAGAGAGCAAGAGACAAGAGGAACUCCCACAGUGAUGUGUCGAACCUGCUGGCGCCGCUCACAGAGGAUGAGCUGGAAAAACUGGGAGAAGAUCAAGCAGACACUUCUGAGAGCAAUUUGGUAGAAGGUGAAGUAGACAAACAGGGGGAGGGUGACAACAUGGAGGCGUCUGCCGCCCUUGAAUGCAUUACUGAUGACCCUCAGCAGGUGGAGGAUACGUUUGGCUUGGCUACAGGUCCUGCGUCUGUGGUUGACGCCGCUGUAGGAGUCGCACUGAGCUCUGCAGGCGCAACAGAAGCCGCUCCGGCGGCGCCGUCCGACAAUGCCCCCUUUUCCUGCCGUUCCUGCUCUAAAGCGUUUUCCUCGCAGCUGCAGCUAGCGCACCAUCGGCGCAAGUCUCACGCGACUGAGCGCAACUUCGUCUGCUGCGUCUGUGGGAAGUCUUUUAAGAAGCAGAUCCACGUGCGAAACCACAUCCGUACGCACACGGGCGAGAGGCCCUUCCAGUGCUCCGACUGUGGCAAAACCUUCUCGUCUCUCGCCAAUCUGAUGAGGCACAACCUCAUCCACUCGGGUGUGCGUCCGUAUCGCUGCGACGUGUGCCACCGCUCCUUCUCUCAGUCGUCCAACCUGCGCCAGCACAGCCUGCUGCAUUCCAACGCUGCCACACUGUGUUGCCCCGACUGCCCCGCCACCUUCCGCUGGCCCACCAAGCUCGCAGCCCACUGCUACACGCAGCACCCAGGGGCCCCGGCUCCUUUCCCCUGUCCUCACUGUAAGGAAGGCUUUGUGACCAGGAAGAAACGAGACAGCCACUGUCUGGAGCAGCACCCCACGCUGGUGGAGGCUGGUACCGGAGUGGAAGUGGCCAAAGACCCAGACAAACAAGCAGAGGUGGGUAAAGAGCUCGCCUCGAAGCUCAACACCUCAGCCACAGCUGAGAUCAUGGGUGCUUCGUCUAGAGGCAGUCUGGAUUGCAACAUGUGUGGGAAAAGGCUGAAUUCUGCUGCCAACCUGCGACUCCACAGACUGAGCCACUUCGCCUCGGGGCCCGGGCAGCCUCGGUGCGCGCCGGGGAAGCGCCCCAAAGCCCAUCAGUGUCCCGUGUGCGGCAAACUGUUUGUGUCCUCCUCUGGAGUGGCGCUCCACCAAAGAGUCCACACGGGAGAGCGCCCGUUCCCCUGCCAGGUGUGCGGCAAGCGCUUCCGCCAGAACACACACCUGCGGGAGCACCUGCGCACGCACUCGGGCGAGCGGCCGUUCCGCUGCGAGGUGUGCGGCAAGGGCUUCAUCCAGAGCAUGCACCUCGCGGAACACCGGCGGACGCACACCGGCGAGCGGCCGCACGUCUGCCCCCUGUGCGGCAAGGCCUUCAAGACCUUCUCCAACCUGAGGAACCACAAGAAGACGCACGCCAGACAGGUGAAGAUGGAGGAAGAGGCCGCCGCCCAGGCCGCCAUGGAGACCAGCUCAGCUGUGGCCGUUGUGGACGCCUCAGCAGUGGAGCUGGCUAAUGGACAGCCUCAGCUGAUCGAGAUCCAGGCCUCAGAUCUUCAGCAGGCACAGGGAAUGCCCACCAUUAUGUGUAAUGAAUUUGGAGAGACCAUUGCCAUCAUUGAGACCAGCGAGGGGGGGGCGUUGCCUCUGGAGCAGGCCUUGGAGAUUUAUCACACAGCGCUGGAGAACGGCCUCACUGUGGAUGGACUGCAGCUCAUCUGAUGCAGUCUGAUGCAUAACAAUCUGUUAUGAAAGUUAUGGGUUCAGCUCGUCUUAAUACUGACUGAAAAACUAAUAGACUACUGUGACGUUGGUUAUUCAUUUUGUAGUAAUGAUCAAUUAGAGACAGAUAUUUAUGGGUGGGGAAAAGAAUAAAACGUAAUUUAAGUUUAGCAAAAAGACCAAAGACGACUUGUCAAGCUUCCUCUCACAGAUAUGAGAGGAAUCAGUGUUAAAUGUUUUUCAAAUGAUGCAUAUUAAAAUGGUUGACAUGGCAUUUAUUCUGAAUACGCCCAUUGGUUGUGCCUCUGACAUUUGUAUGAUUCAUUUUUAUCUAUUAAGAUGGAUGUGAUUCGUCUUCUGUUAAAAGGUUUGUUCUGAUGUAAAUAAUGAAAUCAAUAAAUGUUUUUACAAGAUGA